UUUUCGCAACUGGACGAGAGCGGUUAACCAGCGAGCUGUCCGCCUGGAUGAGGGUCGCUCGAAGGUGCUGUCUUCAUCGCAGCAAUGUGACGGGGCCUUACGUAGGUGGGGCAUUCUGAUUUUAGGCAUAUACAUCAAUGCAAGCCAGGCAUCAAGAAGGAAAGUGGAGAUAAGUGGAGGGUGUGAGAAAAUGUCCCACUUCUGGACAUUCGCUGUGCUUCUUAUCUUCACGUGGACCGGAGCACUAACCCAGGAUGAAAAUCGCGUGGUGUUCUCCCUCGGAACUUUCCGGAAUGUGACCGUUCCUCAGAACACAACUGUGCAGGCAGUGGUGUCGAGGAUCCCGAGUGACGUCACACACAUCGUCGUCCAGUUCCACGCGCGGAACCGCAACGUCACGCUGUCGUACACGCAGGUGCCCUCAGCAGGCUCCGCCCACACAGCAGCGGACACCGGCCUGCUCUCUCCGCUCCUGCCCCAGCAGACCUCGCUCGCCUGGUUCCUGCUGUCCUCCCAUCGCCGCCCUGUCACCGGCAUCGGGGCCAUACUGCCCUACAGGGCCGCAGACCCUGUUCCUGGUGCAUGCAGCCUGGAAAAUGACCUCAAAAUGGACCCCAACAUCCACCUGAGAUACAACCUGUUUCAGACAAGCAUCCGCUUUGCCCCUGCCCACACUGGAUAUGCCAGGGGAGGCAGCCCUCUGGCGUGUAACGCCACACAGGAGCGUCUGGAGUAUGACGUCUACCGCUACUUCCUGCCAACCGGCGACCUCUCUGAGCUCACACUCCUCUACCACCUCCAGAUCACCGCCAGCACACAGGGCAUGAAGGAUCAUGGGAGCAAAGUAGCGACACUUUCUUUGACCAAUGGGACGUCUGCAUCCUUUAGCUCCACCCCUGGUCAGGGGGUGAUCUACUCUGUGAUUGUGCGGGACGUGGGGCGGAACACGAGCGCCUCCUAUGUCCCCGCCCACUCCUAUGGCUGCAGCUUCUCGUCCCUGCUCGACGGCUGCCUGACGCUGGGAAGGAUUUCCACCAAGGUGUUCUUCACUCUGUGUGGUGUAGGCGGGCUUUUUGUCUGUUUCUUUGGGCACCGUUUCUUCAAAUGUGAGAUGUUUUGGAUGGGAUAUGUGUUUGCAGCAGUCAUCUUCUUCGUUCUCCUCACCAAAACCACUGUUCUGGAUUACGACAUCCGAUUGGCCCUGGCAGCGGUGAUGGGCGUGGUGGGUGGGGCGGUGCUGGUUCUGAGCUGGUGGCGGUUUGGCUCGAUCAUGGCCUGUGUGCUGGUGGUGGGCCUCAUCCUGGGGUUCCUGCUGGCAGCCAUCGUCUUUUACACCCCCCUCGGUGACCUGGCUGUCUUCCGCUCAGCUGUGGCCUUCUGGGUAACUUUCAGCUGCAUCAUGGUGGUGGUGCCGCUUUUAUUCGUGCGCUGGCCCAGAGAGGGAAACAUUGUGAGCUGUGGAGUGUCCGGGGGCUAUGCGGUGGUGCUGUCGGUGAACGCGUACGUGUGCACCAGUCUCUCCUACAUCACUCUGGACAUCCUGAAGCGCUUCAUCAACACUGACUUCAACAGGGACUUCAUCAGAGUGCCGCUGCGGGAUAUCGAUUUGGGAAUGCUGACGGUGUGGGCGGUGCUGGGCGCCAGCGGGAUCGCCCUGCAGCUGUACCGGGAGCGGCAGCGCCCAUUCUUCCCGCCCAGCCCCUACGUCCUGUGGAGGCAGGCCCGGGAACGCCGGAAAACCAACGUGCUGGAUCCCAGCCACCACGUUCCCGGCCUUCCGGGGCGGAUGCGCGCGCGGAUUCAGGGGCUCCUCCGGAAGACGGAGCCGGCAGACGAGCGGACGCCCCUCUUACUGUGACCCCGCCCCCUGAGCCUGACGAGGCCCCGCCCCCUGUCACUUUGCCCUUCUGCCAUAACUCCGCUCUGUUGUAGGACGACACGCCUCCUGUUGUGAAUUUCGCUCCUUUACAUUCCCCUCCAACAGCCACACAGGGACUGUGCUGCUGGUGUCCAGCUCAGUGCUCAGUGCUGCAGGUGUCCAGCUCAGUGCUCAGUGCUGCAGGUGUCCAGCUCAGUGCUCAGUGCUGCUGGUGUCCAGCUCAGUGCUGCUGGUGUCCAGCUCAGUGCUCAGUGCUGCAGGUGUCCAGCUCAGUGCUC